AUGCCGGGAUGGUAUUACGACAAAAAAGAGCUCAGACAUUCCCCGUCUGCACAAGAUGGAAUCGACUACAAAACAGAAAUGCGAUAUCGCAAGGAAGGUGCAAGACUGAUCAUUAACACCGGCUCCAAGAUGGACCUGGGCUACAACACCAUGGCCACUGGGGUCGUGUACUAUCACAGAUUCUAUAUGUUUCACUCCUUCAAACAGUUCCCAAGAUAUGUAACAGCAUGCUGUUGUCUCUUCCUUGCCGGGAAAGUAGAAGAGACUCCUAAAAAAUGUAAAGAUAUAAUCAAAACAGCCAAGAGCCUACUGACUGAUCAGAAAUUCACCACUUUUGGGGAAGACCCAAAAGAAGAGGUGAUGACUUUGGAACGCAUUCUCUUGCAAACAAUCAAAUUUGACCUGCAAGUGGAGCACCCAUACCAGUACUUGUUGAAAUAUGCCAAGUGUCUCAAAGGGGACAAGCAAAAGUUGCAGAAGAUGGUGCAGAUGGCAUGGACCUUUGUCAAUGAUAGCCUCUGUACCACCCUGGCUUUACAGUGGGAGCCUGAGAUAAUUGCUGUAGCUCUCAUGUAUCUGGCUGGUAAACUUAGUAAGUUCGAGGUGGUAGAUUGGAUGGGCAGGAACACCAAACAUUGCAGGUGGUGGGAUAUGUUUGUAGAAGAUGUGACCAUGGAUCUGUUGGAAGAUAUUUGCCAUCAGGUUUUAGAUUUGUAUUCUCAGUCAGAUGCUCCAAUCCAUCCAGACAGCCCACCAUUGCAUUCUAAUGCUAAGCAGCAGAUGCCUUCUUUGAGACCAUCCAAUGGUCAGGAGAAAACUUUGUCUCCAGACAGGCCCCCCUCCGUCAAUGCCAAGGGCCCCCCGCUCUCAGACGUGCCCCAGUUCCCCUACCAGACGUUCACCGGAGCGCCGCCUCCAGCGGCGGCGUAUGCCUCCGUGUUCCCGUCGUCGAUGGCGGGGCCGCCGGGGGGGCCGCCGCCUCACCUGAGCGGGCCGCCCCCGCAUAUAGCUGCUCCCCCGCCUGCAGUAUUUUCCUACGUCAAUCACCCGCCUCCGUUCUCGACGGUGGUGCCUCCCGGAGCGCCCCCUUACUUUCCAGCGAACGCCCCGCCACCAGGACAGCCUCCCCAACACAGGCCCUACUACCCCCCACAGUAAGGGCUAUCGAAUUCA